AUGCCUCGGCCUUCACGACGCCCAUCUCGUGGGAGGCCUUCACAUCAGGAGGACGGAGAGUCUCCGAUCGCCCAUCGGACUAGGUCCAGAGUCCAGCGUCAUCGGAGACGGGAGGAGGCCUCCACCCACCGAAGCCGUUCACCAAGAGAACGAGCCGGGGCCCCUGAGCACUACCCACCUCCGGCCAUGCAGCAGCAUGCCAGGGCCCCUGAGAACCCACCGGCCAUGGAGCAGCGCGCCGAGGAGGAGGUAAGUGUGUGUCCCAUUUGUUUGGCAGGUUGUGAAGAUGGAGAGAACACGACCAUCCUGGCCUGCGAUCACGAGUUCCACACCAGCUGCUGCCGAUGGUUUGGAGAGAACCCCACCUGUCCACUCUGCCGGGCUGAUUUUUCCAACCAGCUAUUUCUCCUUCGGAACUACGUACACGAAGUCGUCAAUGGAGACAUGUGGAUUGGGUAUGUAAUUGGUGAUGAUGGUGCUAUUUACGUUCAGUUUAUUGCAGUC